GCUGGGGACUUGAAGCUAUAAAAUGAAGGAACUAACUAUAACCGGGACGCAUUCUUUAGUUGGAGUUCCCUUUGCGAACUCCCGUACAGAGGCUAAAGUCGGCCCGAUGCUUUAACCGCUGCUCGCGCCGAGAGAUCUCGCGGGCGGCUUCCUCUCACUUCCACGCCGAACAAACCUUUCAUCAAGUCGCCGGGUAGAGACAGAGCCAGAGCCAUGGCAGGGGACGGGUCGGACCAGCGGGCGCUGCAGUAUGAACAAACUCUGAUGUAUGGGCGCUACACACAGGAGCUCGGGGUGUACGCCAAAGAGGAGGCAGCUCGGCUGAGGGAGAGCGGGCAGAGGCGAUCGGUCAGCGAACGAAGCCGGACCCUCGACCUGUUGGAGUACGACAAGGGACGCUGUGCCAAGUGUCGCAUCUGCACGGUUCGCUGUCAGAAGUUCCUGAUCUCACGGGUAGGGGAGGACUGGAUCUUCCUCAUCCUGCUGGGACUCCUCAUGGCCCUGGUCAGCUGGGUGGUGGACUUCUGCAUUGCCAUCUGCCUACAAGCACAGAAGUGGAUGUAUGGUGGUCUGGACAGUAAUGUGUUCCUGCAGUAUCUGGCCUGGGUCACCUACCCUGUAGUCCUCAUCACCUUCUCUGCCGGCUUCACCCAGAUCCUCGCCCCGCAGGCUGUUGGUUCAGGUAUUCCAGAGAUGAAGACCAUCCUGAGAGGAGUGGUGCUGAAGGAAUACCUCACCUUCAAAACUUUUGUGGCCAAAGUCAUCGGCCUCACCUGCGCUCUGGGCAGCGGCAUGCCCCUGGGCAAGGAGGGUCCAUUCGUACACAUUGCCAGUUUGUGUGCUGCUCUCCUCAGCAAGUUCAUGUCUCUGUUUGGAGGAAUUUAUGAGAAUGAGUCAAGGAACAUAGAAAUGCUGGCAGCAGCCUGUGCUGUAGGAGUGGGCUGCUGUUUUGCUGCCCCAAUAGGAGGAGUGUUGUUCAGUAUUGAAGUAACAUCCACAUUCUUUGCCGUGAGGAACUAUUGGAGAGGUUUCUUUGCUGCUACCUUCAGUGCCUUCAUCUUCAGAGUACUGGCUGUUUGGAACAGAGACGAAGAGACUAUAACAGCCCUGUUUAAAACCCGCUUCCGGCUAGACUUUCCCUUUGACCUCCAGGAGCUUCCUGCCUUUGCUGUCAUCGGUAUUGCCAGUGGAUUUGGUGGGGCUUUGUUUGUGUACCUGAACAGACUUAUUGUCCAGUUCAUCAGGAAACAGAAGGCCAUCAACAGAUUCCUCAUGAAAAAACGUCUGCUAUAUCCAGCAUUGGUCACUUUACUUGUUUCCACGCUAACAUUUCCCCCUGGCUUUGGACAGUUUAUGGCUGGCAAGCUCACCCAGAAGGAGUCUCUGGUGACAUUACUGGACAACCGGACAUGGGCCAAACAGGGCAUUGCUGAGGAGUUUGACUACAUCGGACACUCCCAAGCCUGGAAACACCCGCAGGUCAACGUCUUCGUCACCCUGGUCCUCUUCAUUGUCAUGAAGUUCUGGAUGUCUGCCCUAGCCACCACCAUCCCAGUGCCCUGCGGAGCCUUCAUGCCAGUAUUUGUCAUUGGGGCAGCAUUUGGUCGUCUGGUUGGAGAAAGCAUGGCAGCCUGGUUCCCAGAUGGCAUUCACACAGAUGGCACCAUCUACCCCAUAGUGCCAGGAGGGUAUGCUGUUGUGGGUGCGGCAGCCUUGUCAGGAGCGGUCACCCACACGGUUUCCACCGCGGUCAUCGUUUUCGAGCUGACUGGUCAGAUCUCCCACAUCCUGCCGGUGAUGAUAGCAGUGAUCCUGGCCAACGCCGUGGCCCAGUCCCUGCAGCCCUCCCUCUAUGACUCCAUCAUCAGGAUCAAGAAGCUGCCCUACCUUCCAGAGCUUGGCUGGGGACACCACGAGAAGUAUAAUAUUCGUGUGGAGGACAUUAUGGUGCGGGACGUGCGGUACAUCACUCUCAACUGCUGCUACAGAGACCUGCAUAACGUCCUGCUGACAGGCCACCUCAAGACCCUGGCAUUGGUGGAAUCAGCUGAGUCCAUGAUCCUGCUGGGCUCCAUCGAGCGUGCCCAACUCCAGUCGCUGCUGUCCCAGCAGCUUGGACAUACCAGACGGCUAGAGUACAUCAGGGAGCGAGCUGCCGCAGAGAAGAAACGCCUGUCAGUCAUGUCAAACCCUGGCAGUGAGGACGAAAGCCAGCGGGUCAGUCAGGAGGUCCGCUUCCAGAUCUCUACUGAGGAAUCAUCCUUCAGCCCUACUCGUCCAGUUCCUCAGAAGCCCCUCAAACCUGCUCUGAAAAGAUCCUCUGUGGUUGAGCGACCCACUGAGAUCCACACCAACCCACAUGACAAUUCAGGCAUUGCUUUAAAGAACCUGUUCUGUGCCAGUCCAGACACGGAAGGCCUGGAGGAUGACGGAGAUAUGGAAGAUGACAUGACCGUUAGAGAGAUUGUAGAGUGGUCGGAGAAGCAGCUUGAUGAGCAGGUCAACUUCAACAACUGCAAGAUCGACCCCGCCCCAUUCCAGCUAGUGGAGCGCACGUCACUGCACAAGACCCACACCAUCUUCUCCCUGCUGGGCCUCGACCACGCCUACGUCACCAGCAUUGGACGCCUCAUCGGCGUGGUUUCCCUCAAAGAACUUCGCAAGGCCAUUGAGGGCUCUGUGACAGUGAAAGGUGUGAAGGUGCGUCCUCCUCUGGCCAGCUUCCGGGACAGCGGCACCAGCAGCAGUGAGAACGAGGCCACCGAGCUCCACAAGCUGUGGGACCGCCACAAGAGCAUGUCGCUGCCCCGUGAACAUACCCCCUCUGAAUCCGACGAGAAAUCCCAGUGAGGGAAAGUAGAGGAGGAGGUGGAGGAAGAGGAGGAGGAGUGAGGCCUUGAGGUCUUUAAUGCCCCAAAGCCACAAACAUGCAAAAAUCCUCAGGGCUUAGGAUCAGUAUUUAAUUCUGGAAAGAGUUCUACUGCUACGCCAGCCUCCUCUCAACUCCUCAUCUACUCCUCUUUCACCCCUCCACCAUCACUCUGCUUCAUAGGCCCCCCGGUACUUUCUCCUGGAGCCUUGCACUGACCAAGCCAGACACUCCACAGGAGGCUGGAACACAGCUCAACCUGUGCCCUGCUCUCCAAUUUCCCUCGGGAACCCACAGCAGAGCGAAUGUGGAUUAGGGAGGAGUAAAAAAGACGCAUGUUGGUCGAAUCCAACAAGGGACUUGGAAUGAGUCGAAAUCUUUAAAAAAGGGAUUUUUUUUUUUUUGGUUUGUUUUUUUUUUUUUUAGCAGACUUCGUUUAGCUCGUGUAUCUUUAGAGUUGAGAUCAAAGUUUGGACCUGCAAGAGUUAUCUUUUGAAUGAGUCUUCCACUUGAGCAGAGAAAUCUAGCAAUGAUGACAGGGAAGAAUAAUGAAUGUGUGUACUGUUAGUGUGAGUGUAUGAAAUGAGAAAAUGUGAGUGUGCAUGACGAAGGAGGUAGCAAACGACUUUUUCUUAUAGGAUUUUUUUUUGUUACCUUUAGAACACAUUUCAGUCUCUGUUUUCCAGCUUGAAUAAUUUAAUUUCUGACUGACUGGGUGGACUGGGUUUAACUGGAAAUUGCCAUGGUGCCAUUUCUUUGAAAAUCACACUAAAGUUUGACCCACUGUAAAGCACUGGACUCAUAUAGGGACAGAUGCCUUAGUUUUCUGUAUUUUCAAGGUUCCAUUAUUACUUUUUUCCUUGCUCACCUUAUCUCCUGAUUGCGAGUCUAAAUGGUCGGGUUGAGAGUACAGUCUAUGCAAGCAGACAUGCCUGUUGGCAGCAGCGAAAGCACCCGUAGCCCUUCUCAUAACAUACACACUCCUUUCGUACUGUAGCUACAGCCUUGUAUCACAAAGACACAUAGAAAAACACACAGAGAUGCACUCAGAGAGUGGAGGUUUUCUGCUUAUCUAAAUAUAGCUCUUAAUAACCGUUCCAGAGAAGG